AUGUCGAAGCAGGCACAGCUUAUGGAGAUGCUGAAGAAGGAGGUGAGAUCGCUGCUAAUGGCUGCCAAGGAGGGCUUAACCCCAGUACAACUGGAGCAGGAGUACAAGGCCAUGAUCGGCAAACCUCUCCCUGUACGUGACCUGGGCUACCGAUCCACCUUGGAGCUGGUGGCAGAUAUGCCUGAAGUUGUCAGAGUCUGUCCUUAUGAGAAAGGCACUUUUGUCCUCAAAGCCAUUGCAGAUGAGACCACUGAAGCAAUUGCCAAACUGGUUGCCAGACAGAAGAGAAGUGGUAAGGCACGGAAGAAUGCUGCUGUGAAGGCAAAUGCUGCUUCUCCCUCUAAGAAUCCACAGAGUUUCCCUCAGAGGGGCAGGGCUCCAGUCCUGCCAGAGACCGUGAAGGCUGAGCUGCAGGUUCUACUGAGUUCCUCACCACUUCUGCUCUUGGACUUUGAUAAGGCCUUCUUCAGACGCUUUGGCCGGGCGUUCCAGUACACACAAUAUGGAUUUUGCUCCCUGUUUGAAGUCCUCAGAAGCGUGUCCGAUAUCAUUGCGAUUGAGCGGACAAGAGCAGGUUCCUUGCUGACCCUGAAGAAGUACCUGGCAAGUGAAAUAGAGAAGGAAGAGGUGCCGCAAGGCAAGGCGCAGGAAAAGGUGCCGCAAGGCGAGGUGCAGGAAGAGGUGCCGCAAGCAGCACCUGCAGUUGAGAUGCCUCCUUUGGAACCCAGCUGUGAGACAGAGAGCUUCCACCUGACAGCAAAAGAGAAGUCAGAGCCAGUGGGAACACAAGCUGUAGAGCUGGGUGAUGGCCUCAAACAACCUCAAGAUUUGGAGCAGUCCCUCCUAGCCAAGUUGAUAACUCCAGAAAUCCCCCCAGAUGCUGUUCAGGACAGAGGCCUUUGCAGUUUACCACCACUGGAGAGAAGGUGCUUGGUGGGAGUCUUCGUCGGAUUCGUCAUCUCUCCUAGCCAGUUCUACAUCCACGUCUGCAGCAGGGAAACGUCUGAUAAACUGCAGGAUAUGAUGUUUGAGAUGAGACAUUGUUACUCAAAUAGACUUGUUUCUGAUCGUUAUAUAAUGCCUGAGUCUUCAGUACAACCUGGACAGCUUUGCUGUGUGACAGUCUCGAAAUGGUGGUACCGCGUUAUCAUCCACCGUGUGAUCAAUGACCAAGAAGUAGAGGUGUUCUACCCAGACUAUGGAAACCUCGAAAUUGUCCAAAAGUCUUGGCUGAGAUUCCUCAAGUGGUGCUACUUGAAGCUCCCUGCUCAGGCCAUCCCGUGUUCCUUGGCGUGGGUAAAACCCAUGGAGGGUAGGUGGUCCAAUGCAGCAACUCUCCUAUUCAAGAAGCUGUGUGGCUCCAAGCUACUUGUGGGCAUCGUGGAUGAAUAUGUGAACGGCAUUUUGCAUCUCUUCCUGUGCGACACAUCCACUGAGGAGGAUGUCUACUUCCACUGUGUCUUGAGGGAUGAAGGAUGUGCUGACAUCUGUGGAGAGAAUAUUCCUUCCCAGGGAUUCGAGGAGCUGAACCCUUCGGCCUUGUACGUUCAGCCCAGUGGAAAGCAAGAAAAUGUUAUGAACAGUGUGACCAGUGCCCGUGGGCUGUCUGACCAAAGGCUGUCUCAGAAGCUGUACGUCCCUCCCACCACGCUGCCUGCGGUGUUGGCAGCUGUGCGCUUAGCCACUUGCAGUGACUACUUCCAGUGGCUCGCUGGCCUGAGAAAGAGGGUGUCCAACGCCUCCGUCACGGAACGUAAGUAA